AAAUGAACCUAUCCAACGUACGUGCGGCGAUCCGCAAAGCUUGUACGCGGUGACACACAAUAGAUAGCAAUCUCGGCUUAAUAGGCGCAUCAUUCCGCUGACUCAAUAAACCGACAACCUUAUAAAUCAUCAUAACAAUCGUCACGAUGCAGCUCAGGAUAGCAGCAGUCGCGGCGUGUGCGUUGCUCCUCUGGACACCACUCGCAGCUGCAUUUCCAAUGUAUUGGUAUGAUUCUAUUACCUAUCUUGAUGAACUUUUACCUGGAAGUGAUCUUUGUGAUGGCCAUCCUACGGUGGCAGUCAUGCCCGAGACCUCACCGCAUGGGAGUCCAACGCCGGACAGCUCCAUCGGCUUUACCUUCUAUGAUACUGUGAGCAAAAAUGUGACAUACGGAUUAUGCCCUGGAUCAAACUACACUUUGAAGGUAUCAUUUCCUGAUGGCCCGCGACUGGCCCUCCUUACGGCUGACACCGCGAGCCAAGUCGCCUUCAUUCUCCCCACACCAACCGCUGGAUGCCCCAAUCGCGUUGAUUUGGGCCGAUCCAUGGGCAGCAGGGCAUCCAUCAGCUUCAAUGCUACUUUUACCGUGCCCUGCAGUACGGCAGGCCUCGACGCGGGAUGCAACGGCAAGACCGUACUAUUCAAGGUUACCAGUGCAAGCCGGGUCAGCUACAACUGGAAGCAGAAUUCCGUUUCCACACAGGUCACUGUCUGGGGCGCCUGCGCUGCAGCUGCAGCUGCUUCCUUCACCACCACCGCGGCCAUCGUCACCCUUCCCGCCGCCUGUAAGGCUGCCACCGCCACGCCCCAAGCCAACGGUGCCCCCACCGCGGAUGUCCCCACCGACCACGGUGACGACGGCGCCACCGAUGCCAUCGCCGCCACUCAAAGCCCCGGCACCUCUGCCGGGUGCUUCUCUCUGCACUCCCAGCACCCUGGGCUACCAGUGCAUGGAAAAACUGGCUAUGUGGCCAUCGCCUUCGCCCAAACGUUCAGCUCCAUGUAUCCCGCGGAUAUCGUACUGGGCUGGUACAGCAACGGCAGGAACGGCAGCCCAUACAUUGACACCUUUGCGCCCAGUGUACGUUUCGUACUUUGCCCUGAUACCUAUUUGUCGUACAUCAUGGUGCCGACCGCGCAAAAUUAG